AACCGGACCUGUAGCAGGAAACAAUGAGCUCCUCCUUUGAUGGAGUCCCGGGCUAUUUCGUGUAUUGGGACACAUCUUUUAAUGUUAUUCAGUUAUUAUUAUAUAAAUAUCAAUAAACUGAUCUGUAAUCUUUGAUCAGCUGAUCUCUACGGAAGCUAGAGGACUCCAUGUCCCAGAGAUCUCUGCGGCUCGGUGGUCCAGGGUGGACCCCAGAGGUGCGGUGAUGGUGGACGCAGCGGAGUGCGGGGUGUGCGGGGUUAAGGUGAUGUGUCGCUUCAGGCCCCUGAACGACGCGGAGCGGAGCCGCGGAGACAAAAACAUCCCGAAAUUUAACGGCGAGGACACGGUGGUGGUGGCGGGGAAACCGUACGUGUUUGACCGAGUCCUCGCUCCGAACAGCGAACAGGUUCAGGUGUACGACACCUGCGCCCGGCAGAUCGUUAGAGAUGUGUUGGGGGGUUAUAACGGGACCAUCUUUGCGUAUGGUCAAACGUCUUCAGGAAAAACCCACACUAUGGAGGGAAGCCUGCACGAUCCCCGUCUGAUGGGAAUCAUUCCUCGUAUCUCCAGAGACAUCUUUGACCACAUUUACUCCAUGGAUGAGAACCUGGAGUUUCACAUUAAGGUCUCCUAUUUUGAAAUUUAUCUUGAUAAAAUUAGGGACUUACUGGAUGUGUCAAAGACAAACCUGGCUGUUCACGAGGACAAGAACAGAGUUCCUUUUGUGAAGGGCUGCACGGAGCGUUUUGUUUCCAGUCCUGACGAGGUGAUGGAUGUCAUUGAUGAGGGAAAAGCCAACCGACACGUUGCCGUCACCAAUAUGAACGAACACAGCUCUCGCAGUCACAGUAUUUUUCUGAUCAACAUCAAGCAGGAGAAUGUGGAGACGGAGAUGAAACUGUCCGGGAAACUUUACCUGGUCGACCUGGCAGGAAGCGAGAAGGUGAGUAAAACAGGAGCUGAAGGUUCCGUUCUUGAUGAAGCAAAGAACAUCAACAAGUCUCUGUCAGCUCUGGGAAAUGUCAUCGCAGCUCUAAGUGAAGGAACAAAAACCCACGUCCCAUACAGAGACAGUAAGAUGACCAGGAUCCUGCAGGACUCUCUGGGAGGAAACUGUCGAACCACUAUCAUUAUCUGCUGUUCCCCCUCUGCUUACAACGAAUCCGAAACAAAGUCCACGCUCAUGUUCGGACAGAGAGCUAAAACCAUAAAGAACACGGUGUCUGUGAACCUGGAGCUGACUGCUGAAGAGUGGAAGAAAAAAUACGAGAAGGAGAAAGAGAAGAGCCGAAGUCUGAACAUUAUCAUCCAAAAACUGGAGAACGAGCUCAAACGCUGGAGGAAAGGUGAAGCUGUACCUGUGGAGGAGCAGCUGAGCAGCAAAAACAAGAAAAGCAGCAACAGUGAAACAACAGUAGUGACAGACAGCUUAGCCCCGCCCCCUGUUCCUCUGGCCAAUGAAGAGAAGACGCAGUACGAAACCCUGAUCACUGACCUUUACCACCAGCUUGAUGACAAGGAUGAUGAGAUUAACCUGCAGAGUCAGGUGUCCGAGAAACUCAACCAGCAGCUGAUCGAUCAGGACGAGCUACUGUUGUCAGGUCAUCAGGACUACGAGCGCCUGCAGGAGGAGCUGUCGCGGCUGCAGAGGGACAGUGACUCGGCCAAAGAGGAGGUGAAGGAAGUCCUGCAGGCACUGGAGGAGCUUGCUGUUAAUUAUGACCACAAGAGCCAGGAAGUGGAAAACAAGAAUCGCAUCAACGAACAGCUGAACGAAGAGCUUGCAGCCAAAACUGCUGGUCUGGAGGCGGUUCAGCGCGAGUUUUCGUCCUUGCAGGAAGUCAGUUCCCAUCGUAAGAGGAGGUCUGCAGAGAUCCUCAGUCUGCUGCUCAGAGACCUCACAGACAUCGGCAGUGUCCUUGGGACCACAGACCUCAAAGCGAUGACGGAGACAAGUGGAGUCAUGGAGGAAGAGUUCACCACAGCUCGUCUCUACGUCAGUAAGAUGAAGUCGGAGGUGAAAUCUUUGGUGAACCGCAGCAAACAGCUAGAGGUCAACCUGACGGAGCACAUGAGCAAGGUGGAGGCCAACGAGAAGGAGCUCAACACCUGUCAGCUGCUCGUCUCACAGCUUCAGGCCAAGGUGGUGUCUCUGACGGAGAACCUGCAGAAGGUGGAGCAGAAGAAGAGGAAGCUGGAGGAAAGUCAGGACGCACUGAUGGAGGAGGUCGCCAAACUCAAUGCCCAAGGUCAGAUGCACGAGCAUACAGUGAUGGACAAAGAGAAGGAGCACAUGAUUAGACUGAAGGACGCCGUGGAGAUGAAGAAAACUCUGGAGGAACAGAUGGAGAACCACAGAGAGGUUCAUCAAAAACAGCUGAGCCGCCUCAGAGACGAGAUCGAGCAGAAGCAGAGAGACGUUGACAACCUGAAAGACGUGAGUCGGGCUCUGCAGCUGGAGAACAGGAAGCUUCAGUCCGACGUUGACAAACUAAAAGUUGAAGAUCAGAACAAAGAUCAGAAACUUCAGAAACUUCUGUUUCUGAACGAGAAGAGAGAACAGGCUAAAGAGGACCUGAAGGGUCUGGAGGAGACGGUGGCCAAAGAGCUCCAGACGCUGAACAACCUUCGUAAAGUCUUUAUCGAGGACAUCGGGACCAGAGUCAAAAAUAGUUCAGAGAACGACUGUGACGAGGCCGGCGGCAGUCUGGCUCAGAGGCAGCGAAUCAUCUUCUUAGAAAACAACCUGGAGCAGCUCAGCAAGGUCCACAAACAGCUAGUGCGAGACAACGCUGAUCUUCGCUGUGAGUUGCCCAAACUGGAGAAGCGUCUGCGGGCGACAGCAGAGCGGGUGAAAGCUCUGGAAGCGGCCCUGAGAGAUGCUAAACACUCUGGUGUAAAGGACCGCAAACGCUACCAACAGGAAGUAGACCGCAUCAAAGAGGCUGUCCGGUCAAAGAGCGUCUCCCGGAGAGGACACUCGGCUCAGAUAGCCAAGCCAAUCAGAGCUGGGCAUCAACAUCACCAGCUCCAGCCCUCCAGUGCAUCCAUCAGGACCCCUAUCCGUGGAGGGGGGGCCAUGUCCAGUCCACGUCAUCAUUCCCACCGUCAGCAAACGCAGCAUCUACAGCAACCGCAGCAACCACAGCAACCACAGCAGAAACAGCUGCAACAGCUUCAUCAGAGCAGCUUCAAGUAAGAUAGUUUGCUGACAACUUGGCUUCAGUUUCCGUGUCUGGAUGUUUGAAUAUCACCUUUCUGCCUUUCCUGAAACAAGACUCCUCAAUUCUGCCACUGUCAACCUUAAAAACCAUUUCACCUUAACAACCAUACAACCUUAACAACUGCUCACCUUGACAUUAAUUCCACCUUAACAAUGUUUACUUUAACAACUAUUCAACCUUAAAGCAACACUCUGUAACUCCUCCUCCCUCAAUUAGUUGUUUCAAAAUCGAUCUAAUAGAACAAUAACCUCCAACAGGGAGAAUGGCGUCUCUCUCAUGUCCACAGAGUGCCCUGCUCGCCUGUUUUCAGCACUAUGUAACUUUGGCAGCGGGUCGAGGUCAUCUGGUGAGAAGUGCGUACGUCUUUACGGCGUUAGUUCACACAGCAGCCUUCAGCUACAAAGCAGCCAGUUAGCCCGUCUCUGUACUGUUUGAUAAGACGGCUGAGGAUAAGAGGAAGAGGACGGAGACAGAGGAAGAUAAGAGGAGAGGGAGAGAGAGAGAGAGAGAGAGAGCGCGAGAGAGACAGUCAACAUCCCUGCAGAUAUUAUUUUAUCUCAUUUACACUUGUAAUUAAGUACGUAAGUAAAGUUGUUUUAUACAGCACUUUUCAAGAGCAUUUUUGAACACUUGUAGGCGGUUCAACGAUGUGAUGCUAAGACAUGUGAGCAGAUAAUCAAGACUUGAUGAAACAGAGGCAUGACUUUUCAGCUUUUAUAGAGUCGAGCAGAACGUUCUUACAUAAAAGUUCUUACAAAGUGCCCCAAAGAUAAAACAGAAAGUAAGGAAGGGCCCAGGACAGAACCCUGAGACACCCAACCACUGUCUAAACAUCUCGAUCAAUCCCCCGUGCUCCAUGUGUCAAUGAGGUUAUUUAUCUACAGUAUAUGAGGUUCUGCUGGAUUAGUAAAUUAUCUAGAACAGAUUCAGACAUUACCUUAGGCUGUAUUGUUAUAGGUAUCAUUGCUGUCUGAUGUUUAUCAGCUUUCUCUGCUGCAGAAAGUUGUCUAACCCGAGUUAUGUCUCAGAUUUGAUACAAAUAAAUAAAUCCAUCUGACACCUAGAAGUUGUCUCUACAACGAGCUAUAGUCGGCAUGGUAACAGUUGAAUACACAUAUUCCACAUGCUAACAGUUAGCAAACAAUGGGCUGAAGAUGCUAGCAAAGUCUGAUUUGAUCUUAAUCCCGUAACAUUACUAACCUUCUUCAGUCGACUGAUCUUUGGCUUCUCACAAUGUUUUUGAAGACUUCUCUGGCCUGAUUGGCAAUUCAUGCACAACAGUUCAGUUUCACUCAGAGACCAUCGGUAGGCGCAACAGCGAACCAAACUGAAUUCCUACAUAUUUUUGUAUAAAAUCAUUCCACCUUAACAGCCAGUGCUCUCUGUCCUCCUCCUUAACGGCCAAUCAGUGCUCUCUCAAUAUUUGGUAUGAUAAAGAGUUAUUUAACUUGGUUAAAAUCAUUUGUGAAUGUUUAUUAAAGGGUUUAGCUAAGCGUUAGAUGUUGAUAAUGUUUGAUAGAGUGUUUAAUUCAGAGUUGAAGAAAUAAAAUAAUGUUGUGUUUGUGUUGUCUGUGCUGUUAUGGAAACCAAAAUGUUCAUAAUGUCAUGUAAAGUUAACGCAUCAUGAACAUGAAAAACAGUGUUAGUAUCGUGCUGGAUUCCCCUGAACGCAUCAUGAACAUGAACAACCGUGUUUGUAUCGUAAUGGAUUCCCUGAACGCAUCAUGAACAUGAACAACCGUGUUUGUAUCGUAAUGGAUUCCCUGAACGCAUCAUGAACAUGAACAACCGUGUUUGUAUCGUAAUGGAUUCCCUGAACGCAUCAUGAACAUGAACAACCGUGUUUGUAUCGUAAUGGAUUCCCUGAACGCAUCAUGAACAUGAACAACCGUGUUUGUAUCGUAAUGCAUUCCCUGAACGCAUCAUGAACAUGAACAACCGUGUUUGUAUCUUACUGGAUUCCCCUGAACGCAUCAUGAACAUGGGGUCGUGUAUCCGUUUUUAAACUGUUAAUAAAUCAAGAACUCUUCAAACA